GAAAAACAAGUUCACAGUAACUUUUUUUAAGUGGUUUAUGUACAAGAAAGGUAGGUUUAUCAUACGGGUUUAUGUUGGGCUGCUGAACACGUUUGAAUGCUGUCUAUUCUAAAUUUCGUAGCAGGUUCGCAAAAGAUAAAGCUAUAAUUAAAGAUUUAGUUGACGCUCACUGACUAACUAGCCCGCUAGCUAGGCUAACUGCUAAUCUGACACUUGAAUAUGUUUAUCGGAUACAUUUAGGAACAUUGAAGUUUGAUAGUUAGUUUUACUUCUGCCACCACUUGGACGAACCCAAUGUUGCUCGGAAAUGUCCGGAGAGCGGGUUCCGUUGCCACCCGGGCGAGGACGCGGCCUCUCCCGAGGCUGCAGAUCGAUGUCUUACGGGAGUUUGAUCCGAUCCCCGCUGACCUCGGUUCACAGAUUUAUUGAACACACGGUUCAGCCAGGAGAGACACUGCAGGGCCUGGCUGUGAAAUAUGGAGUGUCUAUGGAACAAAUCAAAAGAGCAAACCGACUGUACACCAAUGACUCCAUAUUCCUGAAGAAAUCCUUGUCGAUCCCGGUGCCGUCAGAUUUGGAUGACUUCAGAAAUGCGGUGACCUUAUCUGGAGAAGGUAACACGGACAGUGCUUCUCUGCUGAAUGGACACACAGAAAACGUCUCUGAGAAAAAGCAGAAAGAUGGAAGAGAAAAGACAGCAGACCCUACCCCUGUGGAGUUUUUGAAGAAGUUGGAUGACUUGAUCAGUCAGUCUAAACAAGCUGCGACCAGAGGAUGUCUGGGUUCAGAGAAAAGGGUUGCAGCCUUGGAAGCAGCUUGCUGCAGUGAGACAUCGGGUCAGCGGCCGCUCGCAAGAUCGCAAAGUGUCGUUUCAUCUUCCAGAUUUCAGCAGCCGGCCGGACACAUAGCCGUACCCCUCACUAUCACCAAGCUCACCAAAUUGAAAGACAGGGAAGAUGAAAUCUUUGAACUGUGACAUGUUUUCUUUUUCACACUGAUCAUUAUGUGAACUUCCUCAGGCAGCCGUGUGGCAGGGAUCGAACUCCAAGACCUACGAUGUUACAAAAAAUAAAAGAACCUAUCUGUUCUAUCGAUGCUGCUGUAUAAGAUUAAAACAUUUUAUCACUAAGCCAUUUAUACAGGCUUUACAAUAGAAAUUGUCUUUUUUUUUUAGAAUUUAUCCUGCACAUGAUAGCUUUAUUUAAAUAUGGAGAAACACUAGACUAUAAAAGUUAACUGUAUAAGCUUGAAACUGAAACGUACGGUAAGAGGUUGAGUCACAAAAAAGCUGAGUCACAUUGUGAUUUAGUCAUAAGGCUUCAUGUGGUAGACACAAGUGGAAUCCUGUCUGCCAUUUUAUCUACAGAUUGAAAAAAGAAAUGCAUAAUCAUGUUCACUGUAAACAAAAGCACAAAAUGGCUCCAGACCUAGCACUGUGAUGUAAGCUGAAGUAAAAUCUUAAACAAAGAAA